AUGCGUUUCGCUGCCAUCGCCACUCUCUUCGCCUUUCUUGCUGGCCAGGCCAUCGCCGGCAUUGCCCGCGCCAACCUUUCACCGCAAGACGAUGCUCAGGCAGUUCUUGGCGGCGACUCGACUCGACCAAGCCCUUCGAAGAAGCCGAAGAACGUGGUGUUCAUCCUGACAGAUGAUCAAGAUGCAGCCAUGGACUCGGUCUCCUACAUGCCCUUGGUCCAUAAACAUCUGGCAAAGAAGGGCACCACCUAUGCGAACCAUUUCACAACAACCGCGAUUUGCUGUCCCUCACGAGUAUCUCUAUGGACAGGAAAGCAACCACAUAACACUAACGUGACCGAUGUCCAUCCGCCAUACGGAGGAUACCCGAAAUUCGUCUCGCAAGGAUUAAACGACAAUUACCUUCCGGUAUGGCUGCAGGAAGCGGGCUAUAAAACAUAUUAUACCGGCAAGCUCUUCAACGCGCAUACGGUCUCCAACUACGACAGCCCAUAUCCUGCAGCGUGGACGUCGACGGACUUCCUCCUCGACCCAGGGACCUAUUCCUAUCUGCAUCCCAUAUACCAAGCCAACCACGACGCACCGGUCCACCAUCACAAUGAACACACCUCUGACCUCAUCACCACCAAGGCACAAGGCCUUCUUGACGAGGCAAUUGCAUCAGAUAAGCCUUUCUUCCUUGGAGUAGCACCCGUAGCACCACACUCUGAUGUCAGUCCUCACCACGACAGCUCGUCUUUACCCUUGAUGACGGAGCCGAUCCCUGCGGAACGCCAUGCACACCUCUUCAAGGACGUCAAGAUCCCCAGGACGGACAACUUCAACCCAGACUCCCCGAGCGGCGCCUCGUGGGUGCGCAAGCUAGCACAACACAACGCUUCCACCGUGGCGUAUUUAGACCACUACUACCGACAACGUCUCCGGGCCCUACAGGCAGUUGACGAGCUGGUUGAGAAGCUUGUUGUACAACUUGAGGAGGCUGGGGCCUUGGACGAUACGUACGUGAUCUUCAGCUCCGACAACGGCUUCCACCUUGGCCACCACCGCUUGCCGCCGGGAAAGAUGUGCGGAUACGAGGAAGACAUCCGGGUCCCGUUGAUCAUUCGCGGCCCAGGCAUUCCAGAGGGCCGUGUUGAGGACGCCGUGACAACCCACAUCGAUCUCGCCCCAACAAUUCUCACGAUGACCGGGUCCGAGACCCGGCCUGACUUUGAUGGGACCCCCAUCCCGCUCGGCGUGGAGGGUGCACUGGAAACCGAGCAUGGGGAAGAGGAGGACGUCUCGUUGCAACUCAAGCGGCAUGAACAUGUUGCUGUUGAGUACUGGGGCUUUGCUCUGGCAGAAGGCGAGGAUGGAGGUUUCGACGGCCAGGGCCAGCUUGUCGUGUUCAACAAUACCUACAAGGCCGUGAGGAUCAUUGGCAACGGCUACAAUCUCUACUACUCGGUCUGGUGCAACAACGAGCAUGAGUUAUACAACCUCGAGACGGACCCAGGGCAGCUGCACAAUCUCUACAUUUCCAAGUCCAGCGAAGAAGAUGCCAAACUCCUGGGAACGCACAUUUCCCUUGUGAUCAGCCGCCUAGACGCUCUCACGAUGGUCCUGAAGUCCUGCAAAGGUAACACCUGCAUCGAGCCGUGGAAGGUUCUUCACCCACGAGGAGACGUGCACAGUCUCUCGGACGCACUCCAAGUGCGCUUCGACUCAUUCUACCGACACCAGGCGAAGGUUGCAUACGACAGGUGUGAGCCUGGCUACAUCGUUGACGCGGAGGGUCCCCAGGAGCCGUAUCAGCAUGUCUUGCACGGAAAGGUCACCGUGAUCCCAGUACAACCUUUUCCCCUCGACUUCAUCCUCGCCUGGUUCCAAAUCCUGGGGACUCACUCCUCUCUUCCCUCGACCUCGCUCUAA